AUGCCUUCCGCCCUCACCAACGUCGCCCGCGACUCCUCGCCCUCGUCGCGGGACAGCUCGCCAGUACCGCCGCCAAGGUACACGCCUCCGCCGUCGUACGGAGCCACUGACGUCGACCUCGAGGCCAACGUCGCCGCUGCCAAGCCGGUGAAGCUGUCGUCGUCCAAGAACAUCGAUGUCGCAGCGACCGAGGUGCGCAUGGAGCCGGCGUGGAUGGCGUGGCGGCGCGAACGCAUGCAGAUUCUGGGGCCGGUGCAGCAGGACAAGCGCGUGCUGCUGUGGGCGUGGUCGCUGCUAUGUAUCUUCGCCAUCGUGCUCGGCGUCGGGCUCGGGCUGGCCUACGGCAACAAGACGCCCGCCGACGACUCAGACUGA